AUGCAGAACCUCGUACAGAUUCGUAAGAUAGGCGAGUGUAACUUGGAAGGAAGACGAGUUGUUGAAUUAAAGAUUUUAAUAGACGGCUUGAAAAAAUGCUUCAAGUGCGCGGGACAGUUGUCGCUUACGAACAUAACAUCAGAAACUAAAUACGGUCUUGGGAGUAUUCUUCAUAUAAAGUGCAUGUCAUGUCUGGCUGACAACACAGUGCCGACUGGAAAACGACACAAGGCUAGUAAUCACAAAACCGGAACUCGAUGCUUUGAUGUAAAUACAAAGUUAGCUGCAGCCAUGAUCAACGCAGGCAUUGGGGAACAACAAAUGAAUAAUAUUCUUGCCUACUUGAACCUCCCUCUUGUUAAUAAGAAGACACUCAAGAACAGGGAGCGAGAAAUCGGCGAGAGCAUUGAGGCAGUUGCCGCCCAGUCAUGUUCACGUGCAGUGAAAAUUCGAAAUUCUGAGUAACUAGUCAUACAUUACAAAUGGAUUAUUAUAAAGUUAUGGUAUAAAACAUAACUGUACUUAAUUCAAGUAAAAGCAUUCCAAUGAUGGAUAUAAUUGAACUAGAAGCUUAG